UGAAUAAGAUAUUUAAAAAAAAAACAAUUCGUCGAAUUUAAAAAAGGAGAAACUCCGCGAACAUUUUCUGGGAUUCUUCGCGUUUCUUGGCUCUACACCUCCUCCAGAGAACCCACGGUCGAAGGGGUUUUAGGCUUUAUCUGAGUCUCUUACCUCGAAAUCUCCCCCUGUCCUUAGCUAUGACCUUCUCUUCUUUCCUCAGAUCCUCCGCCGCUGCUCCUUGCGUGGAUUUCUUCUCUCCGCCGUCUUCUGAUCAUUUCAAGGUGUCAUCAUGCCUUGUGUUCAGUCAUAAUCUUACCUCAUCAAACUUCUCUGAUCCCGCUCUUUCUACCGGGUCAUCUUUAUCUCUGCAAAAAUGCAACACAAGAAGUAUGCAGCCCAUCAAGGCCACAGCUACAGAAGUUCCACCCGCAGUGCAGAGGUCAGAUAGCAGCGGAAAGACCAGGGUUGGGAUCAACGGUUUUGGUCGGAUUGGAAGGUUGGUCCUUCGCAUUGCAACCUUCAGGGAUGAUAUCGAUGUUGUAGCAGUCAAUGACCCGUUCAUUGAUGCCAAAUACAUGGCGUACAUGUUCAAAUACGAUUCUACUCAUGGGGUUUUCAAGGGAACCAUCAACGUAAUUGAUGAUUCUACUUUGGAGUUCAAUGGGAAGCAUGUGAAAGUUGUCAGUAAGAGAGACCCGGCUGAGAUCCCAUGGGCUGAUCUUGGAGCUGAUUAUGUUGUUGAAUCUUCUGGGGUUUUCACAAACAUGGCAAAGGCUUCCGCACAUUUGAAGGGCGGUGCUAAGAAAGUGGUCAUUUCAGCCCCUUCGGCUGACGCACCCAUGUUUGUGGUUGGAGUGAAUGAGAAGACAUACCAACCAAACAUGGAUAUAGUUUCCAAUGCAAGUUGUACCACCAAUUGUCUUGCACCUCUUGCCAAGGUGGUGCACGAGGAAUUCGGUAUUGCUGAAGGUCUGAUGACAACUGUCCAUGCAACCACAGCAACACAAAAAACUGUGGAUGGACCAUCAAUGAAGGACUGGAGAGGAGGCCGUGGUGCUAGUCAAAACAUCAUUCCUAGCUCAACUGGUGCUGCAAAGGCUGUAGGGAAGGUCCUUCCAGAACUCAACGGAAAACUUACGGGAAUGGCAUUCCGUGUCCCGACACCCAACGUCUCUGUUGUGGAUUUAACUUGUCGGCUAGAGAAGGGUGCUUCUUACGAAGACGUUAAGGCAGCCAUUAAGGUUGCCUCAGAAGGGCCUCUUAGGGGAAUUCUCGGGUACACAGACGAGGAUGUUGUAUCCAACGAUUUCGCCGGCGAUUCAAGGUCGAGUAUAUUCGACGCCAAGGCCGGGAUUGGAUUGAACAAUUCCUUCAUGAAGCUCGUCUCCUGGUACGACAAUGAAUGGGGUUACAGCAACCGAGUGCUUGAUCUGAUAGAGCACAUGUCGUUGGUCGCAGCGAGUCGCUGAGACGAGAGAGGGAUGAAAGCCGUAGAAGCCAACAAAGCUUUGUCUGCCUUUUACAUUACCUGCUAUGCUAUUCUAUGUCAAGUCUGUUCGGCUCUUUUAGCCACUUGGCUUUUAUACAGAUAUAUAUAUGGUUUAAUACCAUGCGACUUCUCUCAAUAAUAAUAAAAAAAUUGUUGUACCAAAAACGUCAGUGGAAGGGAAAAAAAAAC